UCCAUAUGAGCUGGGUUCUGCUCAAGGUUUCUUCCUGUUAAAAGGGAGUUUUUCCUUGUCACUGUCGCCCUCAGGCUUGUUCUGGAGAUUGCAGGCCGUUUUGUGUAAAGCGUCUUGUGUCAAUAUGUAUUGUUAUUGGUGCUAUAUAAAUAAAAUUGAAUUGAACUGAACUGGAUUGAAUUCAUUUUGGAUAAAAACAAUAAUAUAAAGCGGCACUGGAACUGAAAAGUUAUGUUCUCAACUUUUGUUGCAUUUGUUGAUUUGUCUAUGAUGUCAUUAUUAUAUAAUUGUAUCUAUUCAGUGUAACUUACAUUCAUUUUGUUUUGCUUUGAUUUUGCGCAAGCAGUGGUUUGUUUCUUGAACUGCGCAUAUGAAGUGUAUUUAAUCCAAGUAGUCUUCAUAUGUCUAAAACAAGGGCCGUGUCUGCGCUGUACAAAGAUCUAACGUCGUUGUACAUCAUGCUAUCCUGUAGAGGGCGAAAUACGCCCAAGAUAAUCAACACUGCCAAAAAUCAGAAAAACAGAACAAAACAGACGAAGAAGAAAAAAGACCCAGAAUAAGAAUUGACAACAAUAAUAAGUCAAAAGGAAGAAGUAGAAGUAAAAAUGCACAUGUGUCUUCACUGGAGGGUCUUCCUUUCGGAGUUCUUUCUUUCUCAUUGAAUUGGCAGCCUAACCGCGAACGGACUACAAAAUAAUUCUCGGAGACAUGGAGAGCUUGUACAAGCGGAAAAUGUUCGCGUCGAUGCGAAAAACCAAGGUGGACGCGUCGAAGAAGCGGCAGAUCGGCCUGCCCGCUUCCAUUCUGGACGACAGUGACGAGGGCUCGUUCUCCUCCUCCUCCUCCUUCUCAGGAUCCAAUUCUGACUUCCAGAGCUCCCCAGAGGCCAGCGAGCAGGACGACCGGAGUGAGUCCGGGGCGACAUCCAGCGACGACAGCCGCUCCGUGACCCGCAAAAAGCGAUCGUUUCUGGGAGACAGCACUUCGUCGUCCAGCACGGACGAACAGCAGAAGGAUAAAGGGGAGGUGGACGAUAAAGAUGACAAGAGGAGUCACCCGAAAAGGCCUAGGAAGAGAAGCAGGCUGCAGAGGCAGGACGAGUCGGACUCGGAUCACACGGAGGAAAAGCGGAGAGAGGAGGCAGAGAAGGUUAAAAGGAGGCAGAGACACAACAAACUGCUGGCGCUGUCGCGGAGGAUGAAGGCCCGUGUUCCGAGCCGCAGGAGGGGCCGCCUGGUGCAGGGAACGGACCAGAAUGAAGACUCUAAAGAAGCUGAGGAUGAAGCUGGUGGUGAUGAAGACACAAACGGACAAGUAGAUGACAGCAAGAAAGAGGCUACAGGAAGAAGAAAAGAGACUAAAAACACUGACGAGGAUGAGGAGGUGUAGAAACGGAAGCAAUUGGUCUGUGAUGUGAUGGUGAACAUGAGAUUGAAGGCAAACUACGCGUUUAUUCCAUAUGAAAAUGGCUCAAAACUGUUGCUUUGUACACUUUUAUCUCCAGCAGCACUAAAUUUGGAAGGACAAGGUUGUCUUACUUAUAUCUUCUCGGAAACAGACAGUAGUGACAAGCAACAAAAAAACAUGAGGAUAUGGACAGUCGCUUUUACCUGAAAUUAUGUAUUUUGUGAUACUGCUUAAGAUCGAAGAGGGACUGGUGCUAUGUCACGCUGUAUGAUGAUCUUAGUAAUCAUGCUGUGCUGAUCUGGUCUCAAGUUCGUUUUACUCAUUGUAGCUUUCAGUCAAUAAUUAACAUCAACACUUAGAAGAGCUACUUGUAGAUGCAUAUAAUAUUGUAUGAUAUAGCGAGCAUAACCUCAAUUUGAGUGACAAAACUAAACACAUCCACACUCUUAAUUUAAAUUGAUUAUUCUGUUUUUUUGGACAAUGUUAAGAGGAAUUUCUAUUCCGUGAUGUGUCAAGACGUUUUAAUUCAAGGGCCACUUGAUGGAUUUUUCUAGAGCUUCUACCAAUGUCGCACAACUUUCAAUAAGUUUUCAAAAACUUUUUGGGCUUGAAAGUUGUACUGAAUGUAACAGUGUGAAUUGUCACUAUUGAUUAAUCUAGCAGUCAUUGUUAUGAAAAAAAGUCCAUUCAUGGUUUCCACAUUUGUAUGCCUGAAAAUGUCUAAAUAAUGCAAAAUUCAUUAUUUGCCUGAGUGCAGACCACACAUAAUUAUCAUAAUGGCCUGCAAAUAUACCACAACUGUAGAUGCUUAUUUAAUAUGUACAAUAAGGUCACUAUAUGUUUGGACACUAAAACAUUUUCCUUUUUUUUUCUUUUUUUUUUGUUAUUUUUACUCUUUCAGAGUUUGUUGGGGUUACAGUUAUAUCAUGAAUGUGGGCUCAGUAAGCGCAAGUGCAGACUUGUGCUUACAUGUGUUGAUAUUUACAUCCAAAUUGGAGAAAAGGCAUAGGUGCAAGUUUUUACACAAUCACAUUUGACUUAAAAAGCAGUUUCAAGGUCCGAUGUAGGAUAUUGCUUUCUUACUCAAUCACAGGUAAAAUGUGUGGAAUUUGCAUUUAGAAAUACUUGAUGUAAACUCACACUAUUUGUUUAAACGAGCAGUCAGUUGUGCAAGUGAAACAGCACAUUCUUUGGCUGCGAAAACAAAACUAAUCCAUCACAGAAGUAGCAGGGGCAUUAACACAUAGAUGAGGAUAUGCUGGGUGCUCGGAUUCAGCUAAACAAAGCAAAGUUGGUUUGAUGAUGCUUCACAGUGUACAAGGAUAAUGACCCAAAACCUGUAGUGAUAGCUACCCAGGAGUUUUUGAAGGGAGAGAAGAUGAAUGUUCUUCAGAGGCUUAGUCAGUUACAAGACAAGAGCAGGUGUGGUUCACAGAACAUUUCAAAAUGCACUUUGUAGAAAUAAUUAGAAAUAAUCAGUCAGCUGAUUCAUUUGCUGAAGACAAAACUAAAGGAGAGAACCACAAACAACUGAAGAUGGCUGCUGUAUAGCAUCUUAAAGGAUUAAACUUUGGCUGCCAACAAUUGUCAGUGUCAUCGAUGCAUGUAAAUAUGCAUAUUAAUAUAAUUGAAUUGUAUAUGUCAAAACAUUGCAGUGCUUCAGUCGGAACAAGAUCAAAUUUGGUAAUUCUUGAAUUGGAGACCUAGUUGCACACUUGUCAGAAAUGAAAUGGGCCGCCACUGUUUCCUAGCUAAACGUGUAAGCAUUAAGCAUGUCACCAGAGAAAAUCCACUUUCUGACCUCAAAACAACGAGACAGCAGUGUCAGUAUUUGGACUAUUACAAUGAAUUACUGGUGCUCAAUUCCUCAGAGUUGUAAUUGUGUACUUGUGAUGUUUUCCAGGUAAGAACUCAAUGAAAAAUAGCCUCUGUGGCUCCACAUGUUUUUGGAGACUUACAAAACACUUCUCAUGGAAUUCCUGACUGAAGUUACUGUUACUAAUGUAUCAAACUUGUCUCUAGAAAUGUUUAUUCAGGAUAAAGCAAUUGAGACAGUGUUGUCAGAUUUGGAAUGUAGGAAAUUAUCUAACUGAAAAGGAGGUUUGUCAGAAAGUGUGGCAUUUUUUUGCUGUGGUUCAUGUACCAAUAUGAACAACGCAUCCAGUAAUGCAUUUAGGAUAAGCAUAGAAAACAACAUUUUAAUGUAUAUGCUAUGAAGUCACACUGUUGUCGCCAGACUCUUUCAAAGGACAAGACCGACACAGGAGUCAUAGAACAACCUAGUUGUAUCGGUUCAUGAACAACGCGUGUUUCACUGCUAACAAAUACUUCUGAAAGUGAUUGCAGGCAGGCUGAGACUACACUCUUAAACCGGUUUUAGCACAAUUGAUUUGUUUGUGUGAUUGCCAUGUUCAUAUAAGCUCCAACAAAUCAACCUAGGGGGAAAUGAUCAUGUUUUCAGAACAAUGCGUCAACUUAUUUAUUUUUUGAAGAAAUUAUACUGUAAUAGUGUUUAUUUUGUGUGUGUGUGUAGUGUGUGAUGACACCACUGACUGAAUGGCCUGAAGUCUGCAUUCAUUAAAAAAAAAAUAAUAAUAA